GGGCCCCGCGGGCCGAGGUGUGUCCAGGCGGAGUCUCGGGAGGUCCCAGCCGAGGUCGCGAUGGCGAGGGGCGGCCGCGCCGAGGUUUAGGGGGAGACUUGCUUGGCGGAGGGUCGGCCCGACCGGCCUGGAGCGCGGGAGACGCGCGCCCUGUGCCUGCAGUCCUGGCGGCCAGAGCCCGCGGGCCGGAGCCAGCGAGGCCGCAGGGCUGUGGAGGAGGCCGGAGGGGAGGCUGUGGGGAGUGAGGAUGCGACCGCAGCCUGGCCUAAGGGGCGGCGAGGACGCGGGAGGCCGACCCAAGGGGCUGGGGACGAGGGCGUGAGAAGGCCGGCCCCGUCCGCCCUCCCACGUCCUCUCCCGCUUGGUGGGGCCAGGCUGGGGGCUGCGCGGCCUGUCCCGGGUGCGGCUCUUCGCACCAGCUUGGCCCGGGAAAGUGGCCCACUGGAGCUGCCAGCUUCCACCCGCCGGGGCUCUCCUCUGCCGGUUCUGGGGAGUUUCCGUGUACCUCUGGGCUAUCGGACACGCGUUGGCUCGUGCUGCAGUGACCUGCCUCUGACCAGCAACUUCUACGGCGGACUUGACGCGUGGCUGCAAGAGGCCACUGCAGGAACCCAUUUCUGCCGUCCUUCACCUGGCCCCCCUCUACACCCGUGGGCCAUGGGAGUUAGUGGAGUGACUUAAUGACACUGGGGCUGAGUGUGAGUCCCCUUCCCCUGAGGGUGCGCUAGGGAAGGCCCAGGCCAGGGCAGCAGGUCCUCAGGUCCUGAGUCUUCCCUGAGACCCCGCUCCCCCAGGAUGGCAGCGGCACCUCGGUGAGUUCACCGUGAGUUCACCGUGCUCCCUGCCCUCCCUCGCCUGGAGCCGUGAGCCCCGCGCCCGGAGAAGGCGACAGUCCUAGCACGCAAAGACAGGGGCCUGGGAUUGCAUCACUCCCUCCCCCAGCGAGAGGGGCUCUGGGGCUCAGCUGGUCCCCAUGGCGCAGAGGCCGGCGGGUCUGCCCAGUGGCGCGGCCCCGGGUAGCGGCCACUUGUCGUCGCAGGAGGCGGAGCCGCUGACCUUCCAGGACGUGGUCGUGUACUUCUCUCGCGCGAUGGGGCGGCGGCGGCUGGGCCCGGACCAGCGGCCGCUGUACACGGACGUGAUGCUGGAGAACUACGGGCACGUGGCCUCGCUGGGACUCCCUGUCCCUAAACCGGAGCUGAUCUUCCAGCUGGAACAAGGUGAAGAGCUGUGGGUCCUGGAUCUUCUGGGAGCUGAGGAACCGGAGGCCUUGAGCGGCUGCAGGACAGAUUCUGAGACUGGGACUGAGAAGGAAGUAUUCAUUCUAAACCAGAAGUGUUCUGAAGAAGUAAAAACCCCAGAAUUGAUAGCAAGAAGAUUCUCAAGGGGUAAUCCACAGGCACCCAAGGUGCAGGAAGCUUGGGACUGUAAGGGUCAACUAGAAGGACACCUGGGAAAUUCUGAUGGGCAGAAUUUGAGGAAAACCCAUCUUCACAAGAGAGGUUUUAGGAAAGAAACUGUUGUGUGUAGGGAAAGCUCUCCAGGAGAAAAAACCCAGGAGAGUGGGGCAUUUGAUAGAAACUUGAAUCUGAACCAAAAUGUUGUUAGACUUCAAAGAAAUCAAACAGGAUAGAGAGACUUUACAUGUGAAACAUGCAGCAAAACCUUCAAAUAUAAUUCAGACCUAACUAGACAUCAGAGAAGUCACAGUGGAGAAAAACCUUAUGAAUGUGGUCAGUGUGGCCAAGCCUUUAGUCAUAGCUCAAGCCUUCUUAUGCACCAUCGAGUUCACCCUGGAAAUAAACCAUUUAAAUGUAAUGAAUGUGGGAACACUUUUGGUCUCAAUUCCUACUUCCUCCUCCAUCAGAGAAUUCAUACUGGAGAAAAACCUUUUGGGUGUAGUGAAUGUGGGAAGGCUUUCAGUCGAAGCUCAACUCUUCUUCAACAUCGUGUAAUUCACACAGGAGAGAAACCUUACAAAUGUAAUGAAUGUGGAAAAGCUUUCAGCCAGAGCCCACAAUUAACACAGCAUCAGAGAAUUCACACUGGCGAGAGACCCCAUGAAUGUAAUCAGUGUGGGAAGGCCUUCGGUCAAAGUCCAAGCCUUUUUCUCCAUCAUAGGGUUCAUACUGGGGGAGAGAAACCCUAUGUAUGUAAUGAAUGCGGCAGAUCCUUUGGUUUUAACUCUCACCUUACUGAACACGUAAGGAUUCACACUGGAGAAAAACCCUAUGUUUGUAAUGAGUGCGGCAAAGCCUUUAGUUGUAGUUCAACUCUUGUCCAGCAUCGAAGAGUUCACACUGGGGAGAAACCCUAUCAGUGCAUUGAAUGUGGGAAAGCUUUCAGUCAGAGCUCACAACUCGCCCUACACCAGAGAGUUCACACUGGAGAGAAACCCUAUGAAUGUAGUGAUUGUGGGCAAGCCUUCAGCCGGAGGUCAACCCUCACUCAGCAUCAGAGAAUUCAUACUGGAGAGAACCCCCGUGGAUGCAGAAAAUGUGGUCCAGCGUUUGUUCACAGCUCCAGCCUUAGGCCACAUGGCCAGAUUCUAACUGGAGAGAAGCACUCUGUGUGUGAUGGACGUAGCAGAGCUUUCAGCCAUGCCGCAAACCUCGUUCUGCAUUGGAUGAUUCACACUAGUGAGAAGUCCUUUGGGUGUGAUGAAUGUGGAAAACCUUUCAGUCCCACUUCACAAUUCAUUGAACAUCAGAAAAUUCAUGCUGGGGAGAAGCUCUAUAAGCACCAUGGAUGUGGAAAAGCCUUCAGCCAGAGCUCACAACUCACACUGCAUCAUCGAACUCGGGGAGAGAAACCCCCUGUAAAUGGUGAAUCUGAAAGGUACUUUAUUCAUAUCAAAAAGGUUUUCUAAGAAAGACAUUUUUAA